ACGAAUGCAAAAGAGACGUUCCAGCUUGAUGCGAAUGUGACAACGCUGGGCGAUGAUACGAGCACACACUCCAUUGUAGCUGCCGCGGACAUCACAACAGCAAGUAUUCGUCAACUGAUGAGGAACAAACGAUGCAAAACCAGUGGACAGCUAGGAUUAAAUAUCGACAAUCGUUGGGGAGUCACUUUCGGUGGUUGUGCAAUGCAAUGA